UCCGGGACCAGGGUGAAGCGCUCAAGCGAAGCGAGAAGCAACUACAGCGGCAACAAGCAGCCACUUGGACAUUACAGUAAAUAAAGCCCGCAGCGGAUCAACGCGGACUCCAGACAGUUUAUUUUAGCAGCGGAGACAACUGGGAAAGUUUGGAGAAAUGCAGUCAGUGUACCAGUCUGUGAUCAGCCUGCUGUUUGUCUUCAGCAGCCUGCAGGUUCACCAGCUGACUGAGGGCUGUUCGUGCGCACUGACGCACCCGCAAGACGCAUACUGCAACUCCGACAUAGUGAUUCGAGCAAAAGUUGUGGGCAAGAAGCUCCUGAGAGAUGGACCUUUUGGGACGAUGCGCUACACUGUCAAACAAAUGAAGAUGUACAAAGGAUUUGAGAAAGUCCAGCAUGUGCAGCAUAUUUACACAGACGCCUCAGAGAGUUUGUGUGGUGUCAAGUUCGACAUCAACAAGUACCAGUACCUGAUCACAGGACGAGUGUAUGAUGGCAAGGUCUACACAGGACUGUGCAACUUCAAUCAGCGUUGGGAGCGUCUGUCAUUGGCCCAAAAGAAAGGCAUCAACCAUCGUUAUCAGCUGGGCUGUAACUGCAGGAUUAAACCCUGCCACUACCUGCCCUGCUUCGUGACAUCAAAGAAUGAGUGCCUAUGGACGGACAUGCUGUCCCACUUCGGCUAUCCCGGAUACCAGUCCCGGCACUAUGCCUGCAUCCAGCAGAAGGAGGGAUACUGCAGCUGGUACCGGGGCAUGACCGCCCGUGACAAAACGACCAUCAACGCCACAGAUCCCUGAACCUGAACACACCUGACACAAACCCACUGCCGCCUCCCAACUCCGUCCCAUCCCUGAUCACAUUUUAGAGUAUUACAGGACUCUUAAAGCUCACUGGUCUGGGUGACCACCCUUUAAAGGGGGAAAAGGAAAAGAACAAAUCCAUUACAGUGCCUGUUUCGUAGCACUUCUGAUAAACAAAAAAACGAAAAAAAAAUAUAUAUAUACAUUUUUGGUUUGUUGUACAGAUCACCUAAUUGAAGUCUUUUAUUUUCUUUUGCCAAACCACAAAUCAGUCAUAGUCCUUGCACCGUACUGACAGACAGACAUUUACGGGGCAAAAAAGAAGUGGGUGACAUGCAACAAAAGCAGAAUAUAUCUCUAAGACAAGUCUUUUUACAGUGCUCUGUAACCGGCAGGUAAGAUCAUCAGUAAGGUAGCUACUAAGACAUUUAUUGGAGACAGAAAUGUCUGCACCCAGCUAAGUAAUGGUAUUAAGAUCAUCAUCUUGUAGAUAACCUACUGAAUAUAAUGGUUGUUUUUUUGUACUCAAGCAGUUAAACUGUCACCUAGUUUUACUUUAAAAAACAAAGACUCUUAAAACUAAAAGUUAGUUAAUAUCUGAAAUUAAAUAAAUUAUAAAAAAAUAAAGUCAACUAAUGUCCAUAUAUUACAAUUCUGUCAUAUUGUUGCUAUCAACUUGCAGAAAUACAAAAUGCAGCAAUACACAAUAUAGCCAAGGAUCUUUACGAUUAUACAGACCGAGUGCCAAUGUGAUGUCUGAAAUUCAUACCUCUUACUAGACUUAUUUUGGCUGAAAAUCAUUUCUUUGGAAAACGCACAGUGACGUACACGUUGAUUAAUGUUUGCAGUUUUUACUGUUAACAUAAUGUCUUUAUUGAUGGUAAUAUCUGACUGUUUGUAUACAGUUGAGGACAAAUGAAGAUCAGAGAAAAUGCUAAAAUGUCUGUUACAGUAGAGAUGCAGGGAAGCACUCAUUUCUGCAGAGAUGGUGAUAUUCUAUGCUGUAUAUAACAUAAGCUAAACUUGGCUGAAACCUCUGUCAUUCAUUUAUUUAUCUCAUAGGUAGAAAUGUGAUAUUUUUGAUUUUAAAAAUUUACAGCCACAGCAAUGAUUGAAGCCUGUAAAAAAUAGCCAACCAAUGAAGGACCAGAACCUGAAAGUGCAUCACUGAGGCACUUAAGUUCAAUUUUAUGGUACUUUUUUUUUUUUUUUUUUUAAACUUGAUUUUUGUUCCCCAAACUGGUACUUGUUACAAACCCAGUGAAAGUACAGUAUAAACAGAGGUUUCUGACAAUAAGAUAUAAGAUAUUUUGUAAGUGUAUAUUCAAUCUUUUUGUAUUUAACUAUUUGAAAUGGACAUUAUAUAUAUAUAAUAUAUAUACUGUAUAUGAAUGAAAGUAACAAUAUUGUCACUAAGCUCAUUCUUCUUCAUUUCACCUGUUCCCAUCCAAGUUUUUUUUUUUUCAUUUUUCCAAAUGCAGUACCUUCAGUCCAUUCCAUUAAAAGACACAGAUUUGCCUCAGAGAAAGAAAAAGCCUUCACUUCCUUCCAACUUGGUAUUCAUUUUACAUAUUAAAAACAGAGGGAGGCAGAGAUUAGCCCCAACCUGAUACUCUGCAAAAGACACAUUAAUCUAUAAUGAUCUGAUAUUUGUGUUACCAUGCAGUGUCAUGUACAAAACAGACCUUUCAACAAAAGUAGCUGCAGUCCUUCUCAGUAGUUAUAUUCUGAAGGCAAGAAAGGACAGAAUUCUGGUAUUAUCCUGUCUCAUUUUACAGUGAGAAGACUAUUUCUCCAUCUGUAGCAUCUCUGUGUCACUAUUUCUGUGGUUCAUGUUUGUGUAAAUAUACUGUCUGCUUAGCACAGAAACACUUGGUCAAGUUUGAUCCUUAAAAAAAUCCAAUCAAGGAAGCUGUGUACAGCCUGUGUUAAAACACUGAUUCCUGAUGUGUGGGUGGGGGGGUGUUUCGUUGUAGGGGUUAGAGAAAUGUUUGACUUAAUUUCUGUGUUUUAUAUUUUUAUAAUAAAGAUUUAAUGAAAAAUGG